AUGUCGGAGCGUUUGUCUGACGCCUCCGUGGGGGACACGGCCCCUCUGCUGUCGCUACGGCAACAGUUCACCUCCGACCUCCGACUCGACACGCACUCGCCCGACUCAAACACACGCUCGGCCUCACACACGCCCUCACACACGCCCACACACACACCCACGCGGGACGAGACAGGGGCGCUGACCGAGAGGUUGUGUGAUGGAGGAGACGAGGUGGAGGGGGGGCGCGUGAACAAGGGUGCGGAUUUGGACGGGGUGCGUGUGGGGGGUAAGGGGGGUGAUUCGGGGGGCGAGGGGUCACGUGUGGUCCUGAGCACCCAGAGCGAAGUGGCCCAACGCCUCGGCUCCAGUCAGCUGAUACCCCACAACCUGGCACAGCCCGCACGACACACACACGCCCACACACACGGCCACACACACUCGCACGGCCACAAGGUGCGGCAUCACACCACGGUGGUCCACCUGCCGGUGGAGAUGCUGCAGAACGCGACGCACGCCUCUCACGCCUCUCACGCCUCUCACGCCGUGCACCGGGCCAAGUGUGUGUCGCACGUGCCCGACCUGUCCUGGGAGGACUACGACAGCGACGGCGAGGGCUACGCGCUGCGGCGUAACCGUAGAAACAAGUCGUACCGCGCCGCCACCAGCAUGGGCACCGACGUCAUGGCGACGGGAGGGUGCGGAGGAGAGGUGGCUCAGCUGGCGGCGCUGGGGGAGGAGAGACGGACGCCCAGCCCUCAGAGGACCCAGAACACCAGGACCGUCACACGCAAGAGGACCUUUGGGAGGAGGAAGAGGAUGCAGAGACACGGAGGAUCCUUUAAGGACGAGCCGCGUCUCUACCAGGAGAUUCGUGAGCGCGGGCUGCACAACACGGACGAGGACUUCACCUCUACGGAACCCUCGGAGCCCUCGGAACCUCAGGGGAACCAGAACCGAGAGAGCCAGGGGGAGGACCAGGGCAUCGUGGUCAAGAGCUACAGACCCGCCCACAUGACCUGGAGCCAGCUGCCUCAGGUGAAGGAUACCGACAUCCUGCAGCUGAUCUCUCCAGAGGAACGCAAACGCCAGGAGGCCAUCUUCGAGAUCUUGACUUCGGAGUUCUCGUAUCUGCACAGUUUGGGGAUUCUGGUUCGUCACUUCAAGGAGAACGAGGAACUCAAACGCACCAUGACGACCACGGAACACCAUCACCUGUUCUCAAACAUACACAUCAUACACACCGUCAGCAAGAGGUUUUUCGAGGACCUUGAGAAGCGUCACAGUGUGCACCCUGUGAUCCAGGACAUCAGUGACAUCGUGUACGACCACGCCACCAACCACUUCCAACCCUAUAUAGUCUACUGCAGCAACGAGACCUUUCAACAGAGAACACUGCAGAAACUACUGUCGGGUAACGCUGCGUUUAAGGAGGUCCUCCGGCGUAUCGAGGGCAGUAGUGAGUGUGGGGGGCUGCCCAUGAUCUCCUUCCUCAUCCUGCCCAUGCAGAGAGUCACACGACUACCGCUACUCAUGGACACUAUCUGCCAGAAGACUCCUGAUCAGACGGCUGAGUACUUCGCAGCCUGGUGGGCACUCAAGGCAAUAAGUAAGCUGGUGAAGAGUUGUAAUGACGGCGCCAGGAAGAUGGAGAGGACAGAACAGAUGUACACCAUUCAGAAACAGAUGGACUUUGGCAAGAUUAAGCCGUUCCCGCUGGUCUCCUCAUCUCGUGGCCUGGUUAAGAGCGGGGAGCUGGGGGUGUGUGUGGAGGAGCUCUCGGUGUUCUGGAAGGCCUUCAGCCAUCGCAGCUACUUCCUCUUCCUGUUCAACGACGUCCUCAUCGUCACCAAGAAGAAGGGGGAGGAGGUGUAUGUGUGUGUGGACUACGCCACAUUAGAUCAUGUGACGGUGGAGGAGGAGCCAAGCGGAGGGGGAGGGGCUAAUUCUCUACAGCUGAGAAUCGUCAUGGAGAUCAACAGUGACGGACACAAGGAGCAGAUCGGACUGGUGGCAGAUAACAGGCUGGAUAAGGCCCGCUGGGUGACUGCUCUAAGGGAGCACAGACGCUCAGCAGAGAGCAACACGCAGAGAAGCGAGCUAAAGCAGUUUGAGGUGACCAAGGCCUACAUGCCGAAGGCUCCAGACGAGUUGGGACUACAGCAGGCUGAAGUGGUCAUUGUGGAGCAGGAGGUGGAAGGCUGGUGUCACGGGGAGCGAAUGAGAGACGCGGAACGCGGCUGGUUUCCCGCCUCCUGUGCCCACGAGAUCACCAACCGCACGGCCAUCGAGGGCAACAUGAGGCGCAUGGAGAGACUACGCAAGGAGACCAACGUCUAACACACACACACACCAAGGAGACCAACGUCUAACACACACACACACACGCUAUGCAAGGAGAGAAGUUGUAUUUUCCGGGGACCUAGUGAUGGUGGGGUCCGUUGUAAAGGUGGCUGCCUUCAAUAUAGGCCUAAAGUGCAGCGAGAAAUCCUGGUUUGUGUUCAUAGCGGCCCUUGGAGGACUUAAAUGGCCCUCGGAGGAAUUUGAAGUGGCCUCUAGAAUGAAAGUUUCUCAUCUGCAUUAGAACACAGCUGUCCUUAGGGGUGACACUGU